CGGUGGAUGCAUUAAAAUAAGUACUCUAUAACUAAAAGUGCAACAAAUAAACCACUCUUGUAAUGAAUUACGUAAAUAAUUGUGUUCAAAUAAAUAUUUUAGUAUUUAGCAGAGGGAUUCAGAUAUUAUUAGUCGGGAAAAAAUAGAGUGGAAAUCUUGGCUAACCAUCAUUCCACUUCAUUACAUUUUACUGGAUAUCAUUGAUCCUGUCGAUGUCUUCAGAUAAUUGUAAAAGAAAAAAAAUACAAGAAGAUGAAGAAAAACUGAAAAUAUCAACAGAUGGUUCGAGUAAUUACAACACUUCUUUUAUGUACGAAGAAGGAGAAAACUUCACCUGCAUGAAUGCAAUAGCAGCGGAAAUCAAAGAAGAAACGCCAUUGGAUAUUGCCCUCUGUUAAUAUACCUGCAGAAAAUUACAACAUUUCCUUUAUGCCCGAAGCAGAAGACAGUUUUCGCAUGAAUAAAGAUAUUAAAAAUAUUGAAAACACUGAAAAGUUUACGAACAUGAAUGCAGUAACAGCGAAAAUUAAAGUAGAGCCAGAAUUGGAUAUUGUCGACACGGCCGUUGUGUAUGAUCAUGCAAAUACGACAACAACACCUAUACCUUCAGACAAUAUAACCCGUGGGAAGCGCCAAAGUGAUGAUAUAAACAAAAAUGGCGAACGAACGGUUAAAAAACUUAAAAUAGUACAAGAACAAGCUUCCACUGAAGAGCAACAACAGUGGGCAGCGGCAUUAGAGAAUGACCAGCUUAAUACGCAGUUCGAUAAUGGUGAUUUAGAGUCAGAUAGCGGUAAUGCAGAUAAUGAUGACGAAGAUGGUCAUACAGUGACAAAUGGGGAGUUAACAGGGGAAGCGGCCACGAAUGAGUCAAGUGCGCAACAUGAACAGUUCCUGAAACUUUUAACUAAACAUAAACUUCAGUCCUACUUUCCCAAACUGAAGGAAAUGCAGAUUGGUUUAGAUUAUUUGAGGUUCAUACAGGAGGUGGAUAUUAUAGAUAUUUUUCAACGUGAUAUUGGCGCGCGUAUACGAUUUCGUGGCCUAUUGGAAGAUUGGCGUGUGUCGCAACGAAAUUUCAAUGCUGUUUUGAAUCAUGGACUUGAAUUCGGCGACUUUUUGACGAAUAGAGAACAAAAGCAAUCAAUGCCACGAAAAGAAGUUCAGUAUAGACUACAUUCCACGCGCAAAAAAGUUUUACCUGAAAGCCCAUUUCAAAGCGUCUUGGAGUUUAAAUUGUUUGAAGAGUUAAUUAAAAAAUCCAAAAAAGCCUCCGCAAAUUUGAUUGAUGAUCUAAUUGCCGAACACACUAAUAGUCCGGAGAAUUUUUUGAAAUCAUCAUGGCGUCGCAUUAUGUCCGAUGAUGUCGCACAGCAUUUUUGUUGGUCGGGAACGCAAGAAAAGCCAGCUAUACGCGAAUUGAACGUAACAAAGGCAUUAAGAGCGGCAUUUCGACGCAAAUACAAUUACACAACCAACGAUGAUUUUCAACGUACAAUACAGCGUUUUUUUCAACAUGCCAAAAACCGCUUACUAAAGAAACAAAAUUACGAAAAGAUCAAAAUUGCUAAUCUAACAUCAUAAAAUCAUAUAUAUUACAAGCAAGCAAGUGGGUAUUUAAUUUUUAAGAUAAAUUGAGUAAUGGAGACUUACAA